UUCGAGCCCAAGAAAGUGAAUAGGUAAUUUUUUGGAAACAUGAAGUACUUCGUGGGCGUCAUAGCCGUAUUGGUUACAUUUAUAUCUCAAAAUGGAGCAACCCCUGCUGGUGACGUUAGCUACUUGUACUUGAAAUCACGUGACAUUAAACGGUCACUACAAUUGUACGAAAAACAAAUGAUACCUGAGGAGACAAAAAAAUUCGAGGCUGUUCAGGAGUACUAUGAAAGGGAGGCCUCACAAAUGGUCGAUCUUGCUGUAUCGGGAAUUGAUGGGGAGAACCAUGAAAAUUGUAUCGAAUCCUUGAAAACUAGUCUGAACAACACGCUAACUCAAUUCCUAGAGAUGACAGAGAAGUGUAUUGGAGAAAGUAUUCCACGUUUGGGCGUAGUUAUAUCUGAAAUUAAUAGUUUGAUAUCUAUGGGAGAAGAUUUUGAGAACAAAGUUGAUGGGAUCCAUUCUACGUGUGCUAAUCACAACUCCGGGAUCUUCGAGCAAUGCUUGGAGAAAUAUGUACCAGAAUUAAGAUCUUUCGUGGAUUAUUACCAAGAUCGAGAGGCAAAGUUGAAGAUAGAGGUUCAAGUGAUGACUGGUCUCGGAUUUGCCCACUUUGGCGAGUGCCUGAUACAACCGAGAGAAAAUUUUACGAAAGGACUCGAAGCUGCUGAGGACGCCGCAAUCAAGUGCAUCAACGUAUAGGCAAACCAAGUCAAUGGCAGGUGAUGUCAACUUUUUAAAAUAUAUACUGUGAAAGAAUAUUUAACAAAUUGAAGUAUAGACCUGGAUGCUCAAUAAUAAGGUUAAUAUCUAACACUUCAGAAUA